GUUUUUUAACGAGUUGAGACCAGCCAUUGGAGUCUACCUGGGAUUGCUGCUGUUUGCUGAUCAAUUUUGACGUUUUAUCAUUUAUUUUCGUGUGAUUAUUCCCAAUAAUACCAACCGAAAAUGGGUAACGAGAGCUCCCUACCCAUGGAACUCUGUUCAAAUUUUGAUGCUGAUGAAAUAAGAAGAUUGGGAAAGAGAUUUAGGAAAUUGGAUCUUGAUAACAGUGGGGCAUUGAGUAUCGAUGAGUUCAUGUCAUUACCAGAGUUACAACAAAAUCCACUUGUACAACGUGUCAUUGAUAUUUUUGAUGCUGAUGGCAAUGGGGAGGUGGAUUUCAAGGAGUUUAUUCAAGGAGUAUCGCAGUUCAGUGUCAAGGGUGAUAAGGAGAGUAAAUUGCGGUUUGCAUUCAGAAUUUAUGAUAUGGACAAUGAUGGAUUUAUUAGUAAUGGUGAAUUGUUCCAAGUACUCAAGAUGAUGGUAGGAAAUAAUCUUAAAGACACUCAAUUACAACAAAUUGUCGACAAGACAAUACUCUUCGCUGAUAAGGACGAGGAUGGGAAAAUUAGCUUCGAAGAGUUUUGCUCUGUGGUCGGUAACACCGAUAUUCAUAAGAAAAUGGUGGUUGACGUAUAAUCAAUCAAUUUAUCCUAGAUAAAAAAAAAUGAAAAGAAAGGAAUGUUGCAGAAAUGCUGAGCGUUGAUAAACUUCGACUUCAUUAUUGCAUUAAAUAGUUUAUAAGAACCCAAAAAAUGCUAUAGAUUCACUCGAUAAUUAUAGAAGCAAAGAUCUGUUUAGAUAAACAAAAAAAAAUGAGGAAACUAACGCUAGAACAAUUCUCGAUACAUUUUUAUCAUAAAUAAUUUCUCACUAACUAAAAAACUGAUCCACGCAGGGAUCACUCUUUUUUCCAUUUCUCCAGAGCACAAAGAAAUAUUUCUGAUUGAAAUAAUCGUAAAAAUACUUAUCGUGUUGAAUAUUGUGCAAUUGCUAGGAAAAAACAAAAUGUUUUAUGAUCUUUACUCCCUUAUUUUUCUUCUCUUUUCUGUUAUUUAUUAUUUAGUUUAUUCCUGUAAAUUUUUUGAAAGAUAGUUUACAUAUUUUUUAAUUUUAUUUAAGGAUAAUUUACAGUGCAAAUGUUUUCCGAACAGUCAAAGAUAAAUAACCAAAUGCAUAAGAAGGGAGAAAAAAGUGCUCCAAAUAUUCAUUACCGUUGUUUAAUCUUAAUUAGUAAAGUUAAGCCAUUGAAGGCCUUGGUACUUCAUUUAAUUUUUCUCAUUAUUUUCAACAAUAUUUGUUUUUUCUUCAUUCAACGGCGAGAAAAUAUGGGGAAAAAAGGAAGAAAAAAAAGUAAUAAAACACCGAGACAUUUACCAUGUCCUGGCCAAAAUGUUUUUUGAUCGUAUACAUUUAAAUAAUUAAAUUAAGUUGUUAGAUAACACAAUUACA